AUGAAAGAAUCCGACUUGAGCCCCUCCGCAAUCACUCGAGCAACCUUCCACAAUCUGUUAAAAUGCUACCCAGCUACCCGGGAAGCAGUACACAACCUGAAAGCAAGGAAUAAAAAGGUCCCCAAGUCGAAGAAGAAGGAACCACAAGAUGCAGAUCAACUUGGCGUCUCAGAAGAACAAGUUAAACUUGAAGUCGAGGCAUUCGAGGAGUUGGAUGAGUGGCGGUAUACCACGCUCCCUGAUGCCGUGAGAGAAAGGGGGUAUCUUGAUAAAGAGGAGAUGGUUCGAUUGAUGGAGUGGAAAUUAAAACAUGGCGUCUUCCGUCCUGCCCUCAUGGGGAUGAUUAAAUCGAAUGCCGAAUCUCUGAUUCGAAAGACUACGACUACGGCGUUUACUUCUCUUCCCACCACGAUCUCUACAGAAGACGUCAAAAACAGUCUGGAUGCAUUAACCAAGCCACUGCGCGGCGUGGGUGUCGCGACGGCAUCGCUCAUUCUCGCGAUUCAGUCUGACCAUAUCCCGUUUUACAGUGAUGAUGUCUAUCUCUGGCUGUGUCUGGGGAUGUACCCGAGUCUGGUGGAGGAAGAGAAGAACAAGGUUGUGAAGAUGAUUCGGGCGAAUGGGGAGCUGAGUGUGAAGUAUAAUCUUCAGGAAUAUCGGGGGUUAUAUGAGGCUGUGGAGGGUUUACGACAGAGAUUGAAGAGUGAUGGUGAUGGGGAGAUGGUUUCAUGCAGUGAUGUCGACAAGGUGGCCUUUGUGCUGAGACAUAUUGAUGUUUCGGGGAAUUUUGGCAACGAUAACGAGGGGAAGAAGAGGAAGCAUGAUGGCGAUGAAGAUACUGGUGCUAAGCUGAGCAAGAGACAAUAA